UGUAUAUAAAGGAAGUGAAAGUGAAAGCAUUCCCUCCGGUAUAAAGAUAUCGGAGAUUAAAAGUCGGAACUUUGAAUUAAACAGAACAUUUUGGAUUUUGAGUGAGAAGAGAAAUGUCCUCCAUCGGUUUCCUGCUCCUCAAUACCUUGGACGAACUGGUCAAGGAGGACUUUGAGAGAUUUAAAUGGUCCCUGACAAACAACAAUGCACAGGGUUUUGAACCUAUUUCCCGCUGCAAACUGGAGAAUGCUAAACAACGUGACAUUGUGGACCUGAUGGUGAAUCAGUACGAACCACCAGGAGCUGCCAAAGUCACCGUACAGGUUCUUAAACAGAUAGGACAGAACAAACUCGCCAAUGACUUGGAAAAGAAACUGAAGGCAGAAGCCCAAGUUGAGGCAGCAGAAGGAGACGGUGUAUCUUCCUCUUCCUCCUCUUCUUCUCAGGCUGCUAAAGUGUCAGUAAACAUCUCAGCUGACAGUGGAAGCAACAUCAGUGCUCCUGCUCUGUCUGGAACCUUUAAUGGCCCUGUGAACAUAAACUACAGCAGCACUUCAAAGUGAAAGUGUUCAUCUUACACAUCUGGCUGUUUUUAAAUUCAGGGAAAAAACAGAUAAUUAAGUUUUGUUGUGAACUGACCAAAGAUACAACAGAAGUGCACUUUUCUGUUUGAGUUAUUUUAUUUGUGAGAAACAUUUCCUCUUAAUUGGGAUACAUGUAGAUGACUUUAUGUGCUUAAAUGUUUCUGCAUCUUAUUUAUAACCUUUUUAAAUUAUGGUACACAUGAUAAAGUCCAGCCUGAAGCUACCUCAACUCCACUGUAACAUGGUGCUGUUAAUCACUGUGCUGUGAAGGGCAUGAAAUACAAUACAGUAGCAGAUAUUUAAUCUAGUGAUGUACAGAUUCACUUUAUGUGUCUAGGAAUAAUAACUUACUUUAAGUUCUUAUCUCUGUGCUGUUCUGUGUAGCUCCAUGGUCCAUGUCACUGUGUACUGUUUCAGAGAUACAUAUAUAUAUAUACCAUAUAUAUAUAUAUAUAUAUAUAUAUAUAUAUAUAUAUAUAUAUAUAUAUAUAUAUAUAUAUAUAUAUAUAUAUAUUAUAUAUAUAUGGUUGUAAUGAUGCAUAAUAAUGUAUGCUUCUCAACUGACUUAAAACUUUGACUUUUACACCCAGUGCAAAUCAUCAUA